UCAUUUCGGAGCAAUCCAGGGAUUCACACACCCCUAUUAUUUUCUGAACAUGGAAAACCUAACUAUGUUAUACUGCACGCAAGAUAAUAGGCAACAUAUUAGAAUAAAAGGAGCGUUUCUUACCGUUUCCUUAUAUAACAAUGUCGGUGGCAUUUUCAUCGGCGCGCCCAAGGAGCAAAGGGGAGGUGACACAGCAAACGAUACAAAAGAUGCUGGAUGAAAAUCACCAUCUGAUACAGUGCAUAAUGGAUUACCAGAGCAAAGGAAAAACAGCAGAAUGCACACAGUAUCAGCAGAUCCUUCACAGAAACCUAGUUUAUCUGGCCACGAUAGCAGAUUCUAAUCAGAACAUGCAGUCAUUGUUACCUGCACCUCCUACCCCUAACAUGGGGAGUAUAGGUGCUGGAGGAAUGGGACAGAGUGGAGGCAGAGGGCCCCUACACUCCCAGAGUAACCUCAAUGACACCAUGACCCCUGGCCUGCCCCCUACCUCUAUGUUGCAGAGUCAGAUGAGCAAUGGCCCCAGCCACGCUCCCAUGCAGCAGCAGGCGGGUCAGACACAGUCGGCUGGGCCGUCAUCCACGUCCCUCAGCCUGCCAGCCAGCACCCACGGCUCAGCCUCCGGCUACAGCCACCCCGUGCCCCCCUCCUCCCAGGGCAGCAUGAUCCAGGGCCUUGGCCCAGGCUACGGUUCUUCCUCUUCCUCUUCUACCUCCUCCCGCAGCAACCUCAACAUGCAGUCUAACACAGUCUCCAUGAUGCACCAGCAGUCGGCUACACCUCAUUACCCCUCAACCCAGACUGGUGGCGGACAGCAGCAGUACCAGGGUCAGCAGGCUGCUAUGGGCAUGUUGGGGCAGAGCGGACAAGGCAACAACAUGAUGAGCCAGAGGCCCAUGGGGACCUACCGACCCACACAGCAAGGAUCGGCACCGCAGUACAUGGGACAAGACGAUUUCUACGGAGAGCAGUACGGACACACUCAGAGCUCCAGCGAGCCCAUAAACCAGCAGUAUUACUCUGAUGGUCAUGGGGAGUACUCCUACCAACAAUCAUCCUACGGUGAACAGGGCUAUGAGAGGUCCUUUGAUGAGUCCUCACAGCACUACUACGAAGGAGGCAACUCUCAGUACAGUCAGCAGCAGGCCCAGUACCAGCAGGGGUCAGGCCAGCAGCAGCCCUUCAGCCAACAACAGUACCCCUCACAGCAGGGCUACAGCGGACAGCCACAGGGCUACGGUCCAGGUCAGGGUGCGCAGUCCCAGUACUCCCAGUACCAGCAGGGUCAGGGCCAGCAGUACAGCUCCUACCGCUCCCAGGCUUCCUCUGGGGCACAGACACAGAGGCCCUACGCCUACGAACAGGUACAACUACAGCUACCCCCAACCCCACGUUUUGAGGAGGACCGUGCUGUCCAACAAAACAUUGGGGUCAAUACGGAAACUACCAGCAAUAAGGCACCACCUCCUGGGCAAACUGGUGGACAAGUUAGGCAAGGGAACAGUUCUGUGAAUAACCCCCAACAGUCGUGUGUAAACCAGUCUCUGAGUAAAUGAGUUAGAUUUAUCUCUGAAUCUUUUUAGUUUGCUGAGACACGGAUUAUCAGGCUAGACUAAGUCAGAUUCAUGUUCUGCUGGUUCACUAUUUUCUAACUGAGUACAGCUGAACUGGUUCAGGAGAUCCUGCAUGAAACACCUUUCAUCUCUGCUUUCUCUUCUUUUGCUCACCCUAUAAGAUGAUUUGAAUUAUUGGGGUAUCUGGUAACAAAUCGGGGAACCCUCAAUAGCAUUAUUAUAAGCUAUAUUAUAAGCCUCAUAAGCGUUGAAAAGACUCAUAUGUUUAAUUCGAACCUUGCCUUUAAAUGUCUUCCUUUUUUUUGGUCUCUGUCCUCGCUAUCAACCUCCGUCUGGUUCUCUCACCCUACUUUUCUGUCUGUCUUUCACAGGGUGCACAAUACAAGUGCUGUCCUCUGUCGAAGAUUGCAAUUUAAAAUGUGCCCUGGUCACAAAAAGAACGUUUGGUCAUACAUUCAGCAUCUUUUAUUCAGUGUAAAGCUUAACUUGAUUAAGGUGAAAAUGGGACUUGUCAGUAGUGUUCAACCUGAAGUGUUCAGGUUGUGUUUGAAACUGUGAAGUUGUGUAGAUCGGCGUGUGGUGUUACCGACUGUUCAGUGUUACCACUCUGUCUGUGUAUGAAGAACAAAUGUUUGAGUAAGGUUAUAGGCACAAUAGAUGGUAGAUUGACAUGAGAGUGCAACUAUCAACAACCAUCAUAAUAUUACAACUAAUAUGGACAAUUCAUUUCCAUGAUUGAUCCUUUUUGUUAAUUCUUUAAUUUUGUCUGAUUGCAUUUUUAAUUUUUUAACUAAGCUUUUUUUUUUUAUUAAGAACAAUUAUUUGUAGAUUUUUAUAUGUUGGGACUUUUUCCAUUUACACUGAACAAAAAUAUAAACGCAACAUGCAACAAUUUCAAAGAUUUUCAUGAGUUACAGUUUAUAUAAGGAACAGUCAAUUGAAAUGAAUUCAUUAGGCCCUAGUCUAUGGAUUUCACAUUACUGGGAAUACAGAUAUGAUUCUGUUGGUCACAGAUAACUUUGAAAAAAAGGGAGGGGCGUGGAUCAAUUAUGUUCAUUGUUCAUAGCGUAUGCCUGCCCAUACCAUAACCCCACCGCCACCAUGGGGCACUCUGUUCACGAUGCUGCCAUCAGCAAACUGCUUGCUUACACGAACCCAUUCACGCUAUCUGUCAUCAGCCCUGUACAGUUGAAACCAGGAUUCAUCCAUCAAGAGCACACUUCUCCAGUGUGCCAGUGGCCAUCAAAAGGUGAGCAUUUUCCCACCGAAGCCGGUUAAGAUGCCGAAAUGUAGUCAGAUCAAGACCCAGGUGAGGACGUUGAGUACGCUAAUGAGCUUCUCUGAGACCGUUUCUGACCGUUUGUGCGGACAUUCUUUGGGUGUGCAAACCCACAGUCCGGGAUGAAGCCGGAUGUGGAGGUCCUGGGCUGGGGUAGUUACAUGUGGUCUGCGGUUGAGAGGCCAGUUGGACGUACUGCCAAAUUCUCUAAAACAAUGUUGGAGGCGGCUUAUGGUAGAGAAAUUAAC